GCUCUCGCGUCAGUACGUUAGCGAGUGUCGGUACACGACGACGUGUUGUUCUGCCGCGCGUCGUUCUCUCCCACGCGUGAAUAUAACAGGGAAAAAGUGCAGUGCAAGUGCAGUGACUUUUUUCUCGUCGAAUAUUUCUGCUGCACGAGGGAGGAGUACAAUCGCCGACUGGAGGGACAUUUUUAGUGCAGUUCGCUUUUUUCCUCAUCCAAGUAAGAGAGCAAUGAUCAAUGAAUUUUGACAGCCUCAGGUGUCGGCGGCACUAACUGUGAUUCAAAGAUGGGAAAGCUCCUGAGCCUCUUGGCUCGAGACGAGUCGACUUGUUGUACUCCCCAGAAGUACGAUGUCUUCCUCGACUUCGAAAAUGCGCAGCCGUCGGACAUCGAGCGCGAGACCUUCGAGGCGGUGCAGCGGGUCCUGAAGAACAGCGAGUCCAUAUUGCAGGAGAUACAGUGCUACAAGGGAGCCGGUAAGGAGAUACGCGAGGCCAUCUCCGCGCCGACGGAAGAGUGUCAGCGCAAGGCUUAUCUCACCGUCGCUCCUCUCGUCGUCAAGCUCAAGCGCUUUUACGAGUUUUCCCUGGAACUCGAUCGAGUGGUACCGAAGAUCCUGGACCAGCUGUGCUCGGGCAACCUGUCCCCGACGCAGCACCUGGAGACCCAGCAGGCCCUGGUCAAGCAGCUCGCCGAGAUCCUGGAGUUCGUUCUCAAGUUCGACGAGUUCAAGAUGAAGACUCCGGCCAUCCAGAACGACUUCAGCUACUACAGACGCACCUUGACCCGAGCCUCGCUGGCUCGGCAGGACAACGCCGCCGAGCGUGACCUCAUCGUCGGCAACGAACUCGCCAAUCGUAUGUCUCUCUUCUACGCCCACGCGACUCCGAUGCUCCGCGUCCUCAGCAACGCCACCAUCACUUUCCUCAUGGAUAACGAGGACAUACCGAGGGAAAACAUCACGGAAACUUUGGGCACGAUGGCGAAAGUUUGCCUGAGGAUGCUGGAAAAUCCGAAUCUGCUGGCGCAGUUCCAACGCGAGGAGACGCAACUGUUCGUUCUGAGGGUGAUGGUCGGCCUGGUCAUUUUGUACGACCAUGUGCAUCCGCAGGGAGCCUUCGUGAAGGGCUCGAACGUCGACGUGAAAGGCUGCGUGAAGCUCCUGAAGGAUCAGCCGCCCUGCAAGAGCGAGGGUCUGCUCAACGCGUUGCGCUACACCACGAAGCACCUGAACGAGGAGAACACCCCGAAGAACAUAAAGAACCUGUUGGCCGCAUGAUUACCAAAGCAGCGCGGCUGCUGCAUUCGAAGCUGAAGCGGUCGGAUCGAAUUCGAUCGCAAGCGUCUCCCGGGCAUUGUGGUCUGUGUGAACAAAGGAAGUUGAAGAGGCAUCUCUCUUCGAGAUAAGCUGUAACUGCCAAUUGACGAUUUCGGGAUCAAGAUGCAGUGGCGACAGUGAGAGGAGACACUAUUGCAAAAGACUUUAUUAUCGACCGAGGAAUUGGGGCCGACGUUUAUUAUUAUUAUCAUCAUUAUUAUCCCUCUAGCACGUAUUCUAUGAACAAAAGUGUGACGACCUCGAGACACCUCGUAUACUAUAAUUGUUAUCAUUACACUUAUACAUUUGAUUGUCUUCGUGAAAACAAAAUAAAAAUCGGUAUGGACGUUGCAGACCUUUGUUACCGUCGAAUCGACGGGGAAGUGAAACGAAAUUGAUUUGUCGUGAUUGGGACGAUCUUUCGGAUUGAAAAUUCAGUUUAUACGUAAACGCGUACUAGUCAAUUCCACGAGUAUGGAGUUAUCAUUUUAACGAAAUUGCUUUCUCGAGGUAAUAAAGGAUACAAUCGUCUGCGGCCAAUCAUAUUUAUCUGCGCGCGAUGCAGAGAAACGAUGAAAGUAGAUUUUUGUAAAUUUAAAAACCCUCUACUCGUUAUAUUGUGCAUUUACAAACGUUUCCGACAAUGUGUAUCCGACUUUUUUAUAAAAAAAACUGAACAAACAAACGUUUUUUACAAGUCACGAGUCGAGUACGUGAAAUUUUGAGUCUUCCCAUCGACUUUUGAUGAUUACCAGCGAUAUUCGAUUUAUUGAUGAUUCUUUAAAAUCGUAUGUGUAUAACGACUUUUAUUAUUAGUUCUUACGCAUAUUGUAGAUGCUCUUCGAGUUUGUUUUCUAAUCUAUAUACAUUUAUUUUUAUUAUAUCUCCGCGAGUAUUAGAGUAAGCGAUCGUAUGAUUAUAAGAAUCGUGAUUGUCUAUAGGAAAUCCUCGUAAUGACAAUUUGUUAGAGAAGCAUAUCUCGCGUUUGACGAAUGAACUAUCUGCACAACGCGAUCGAGUAUGGAUUUUCGAAAAUAGCGUAGAAGUUUUACGAUAUGCACCCUGUAGAUUAUCGCUACUAUAUUUUCCCUGUUAUUUAGCUGAGUAAGGCGAUUUGAUUUGUAAACGUAUGUAGUUAUUCGGACACUCUUUGCAGUGAAUUUUAUUUAUUGACAAACAAUAACAGCGCCUUUAGAACGAACACAAAAAAACCUGAAACAAUUCUUCGAAUUAGAUCUGCGAUCGAAGCACAAAAACGAUGCUGACUAAAUUUUAUAAAAUACCACAUCCGACUUCAUCCGCAAAACUGCCAACGCAAACAAAGAAAAACAAAAUCUUCACGACGAUCUCUCGAGAUAGUCGCUAAAGUAUUGCCGAAAACCAAAGACGUUUUAAGAAAAAUAUAAUGAAAUACUCCUGUACAUUUUGUAGAGUCGUGCAAAAAAAGUUUAACCGAUAAUUAAUAAACUAUAAGUAACUCAUAAUGUAUAUCUGUAUUAUUGCUAUUGCAACAAUCGAGAAACAAAUAAUCACAGCAUAAAAAUUACUAAGUUUUCCCUCAAACCGAAAACGAAGAGCGAAAAGCGUCGAUGUUUGUGAUAAAAAAAGGAGGCGUUAUAAGAGGCAAGAUUUAAUGUAAAAUAAUUGAAAGAUUACUUUCUGUGAUCAUGUGCGAGUUUCCUUUUGAACCGAAGAAAACGACAUUCAAAGUGUUCAGCUUUCGACAAAAAACUAAAGCCAAGAUUAUGAAAAAUAAGAACAAAGAACAUGACAAACAGACUCUUUUUUCACACGUCUUUAUGGAAUUUCCAAUUUGCAUUAAAAGAACUGAGUGUAAGACUUUGUAGAUUAAAUAUAUUGUAAAUCAUGUAGUAGCGACAUUUUACUCUAUGGACUUUGGUCAUUUUUGGAGUCACACACAAAAACACGGCACGACACAUAACUCAGUCUUUUUAUAUUAUAUAUAAACGUAAAAAACUGUUACGGAAAGUAUAAAUUAAACGGAACAUGAAUAAGAUACGAAAUAAAUGAAUAAAUAUAUGUAUAUGAAGCAGUGCAAAACAGAAGAAAGUUUUUUUGGGCACUUCGUGUAUUGUGACGUGUGUUGAAAAUUCCUAUCCUCUCAAUCUCUCGUAUACGCGCACACAAAUGUCUCCACUUUGCCGGUUUCGAACGCUAUUUUCAAGUACAAAUCAAUAAUGGCUCGAAUGGCAUUUUUUUCAACGAUAAAUACGAAAUAAUCUCGAUGUAAUAACCGCCCUCUUCGAAUUUUGCGAUCUUCAACCGUACAAGGCGAGCGAAACAAAGUCAAGAGUCCAUACGAGCAUGUAAAUGAAAGAUAUAUAAAGAAAAUAUGUAUUAGAAGAAAGUCUGAGAUGUAAAGCUUGGAAAUAUACUCUAACUCUUAAUAAACACUGAUGCCUUUCAUUUCGUCUUCCUCAAUACAUUGAUAUAAUUUUAAUUUAAAUUUCCCACGCUUCGAUUAUCCAUCGUCGGUAAGGUAGGAAUUUCCACGAAUGAUUUCGCGCUGACGUGGUCGAACGUCGCAGAUGUCGCAUCCUGGUGUGGCUUUUCAAAAUGUCAAAAUAGUCUUAGACGAUAUCAACACACACCGGACAGUGGACACGAUGGACGGCAACAGAAUGAAUCCUGGAGAUCAGCAAUUUAUUUCUUUCCAAGACUUUCCUGACAUGAACAGUGCAAGUUCGGCACAGGUACACGUCGAUCUAGGAACUCCCGGACAAAAUCAGCAACUCUUCGGACAGAUGCAGGAUGAUCCAUCACUGCAAGGUUUUCCUGGUCAGAAAGACG